UCACCCAGCGCCUGGUGGAGAGAGAGAAAGGAGGAUGAGAAACGGAGAGGUGCAUACGGGCAGAAAGCGCCUGCGAUGCCACUGGGCUAUCAAGAAUUACGCUCAAUAGCGGAUAUCCGCUGUGGUGGUUCCGAAAUGUUCUCUCCUGUUUCCCGCAGAGGAGGGAUAUGGCAAGAGAUGUGAGCAGGACGGGAGAUGAGAUUCACGCUGUUUCGGAGACCCUCUUCCUUCUCCUGUGAUCUCAAACAGUCCGCCUGUGAGCUGCGGGGCUUGGAAGGAGUGCGGGACACGGGGCGCACAGCUCGCAGCCGCUCCAGCUCAACUGUGGACUGCAGAACAAACUGCUUCUCUCUCUGUCUUAUUUAAACCUGCCGGAGCUCCGCGGGGUCCGUGGGGGGAACGGGUGGUCUCACCAUGAGGGCUGUUUCGGCAAACUUCUUCGCCCUCAUUCUCUUGUGCGCCCUUGCGAGUGUGUUCUACGUCUGGAGCGCACUGGAGAACCGUUUGGAGCGAGACAAGCGGAGAUUCUCAGUGCCAGGCUCUUUUCACCAAGGUCUCCCAGCGGACCUCUCCGCCAAAACUUUCCGGGUUUUGCUCGCUGUCCCAGCGGCACAAAGACCGCACUUGGGGGGCAGACUUGAGGCUCACAACCUCACUGAUCAAACUGUCUCUGCAGGAAGUCGAGAUUACCAUGUGAAUGGGGAUAACAAGAGGUCAGCGCGGCGGGAGGGCCCGGUCAAGUUGGGCUCCCCGGUGGAGGAUGGGAUAUUUUGGAGUGAAUGGCUGGAAGAUCUGCUCCCAGUCGGCUUCACGGAGGAAUAUGCUCGGGCUUGGCGAGAGAGAGCCAGGACAUACCGGAUAGUGAAGCUGGAGCCUGGAUGCGGCAGGAUAUCGAACCAGCUCGCCACUUUUGCAGAUGGGACCAAAGCGUGCGUGCGUUACGGGAUAAACGCGGAUCAGGUGCAAGGAGAAACUUUAACUUAUUACCUUGCCAGUUUGCUCGGCAUUACGAACUUGCCUCCUCUCAUACUGUCCCAGCUGAGCGGCGACAGUGAGCAAUGGGCGGCGGUGAGGACACGGAUAGGUGGGUUACAGUGGAGUGACAGAGCCGUGGUUUCUCUCACCGAGUGGGUCUCGAACCUGACCGGCGUGGUCACACCUGCGCCGCUCAGACAGGAGAGCAGUGGGCUGCACCCUGUGCUCGGGGAGCUCUGGAACAAGACCGCGGCGGAGCUGCUGGAGCUAUUGCAGUGGAGCGACCUGAUCGUAUUGGACUACCUGAGCGCAAACUUCGACAGACUCGUCAGCAAUCUGUUCAGCCUGCAGUGGGACUCGCGCGUAAUGGAGAGGGACACCAACAACCUCCUCAAAACCCCCCGCGGUGACCUUGUGUUCAUAGACAACGAGGCCGGACUCGUGCACGGGUUUCGGGUGUUGAACAUGUGGGAGAAAUAUCACAAUACGGUCCUGAGCUCCGUGUGUGUGUUCAGAAGAAGGACCACGCAGCGCGUGGCGGAGCUGCACAGGCGCAGAGAUUCCAGGAAAAGGCUGCUGGAGCUCUACAGAGACAGCGAGCCUUUGUCUCCGGAAUUAGGAUUUCUCUCAGACGAGCAUGCUGGUGUUCUCCAGGACAGGAUAGACAGAUUAUACAAACACAUUCUGCACUGCAAAGGAAAGUACAGCCAGCUGUGACCGUUCAGCACGCACGGAUGACAAAUGUGUCGUCUGCACAGUACAAUGAGCACUGCAAACGUGACUGGCACACCUGUGCUGAACUGAUGCGCAUUACACAAACCUGUCUUGAAUAUCCAGCUGAACUACCUCUUGUGAACAGAAUGUGUUGCAUACUUUAUAAAUAAGUACAUUUCACACGUUUAUAAGCUCCCUGCCGAGAUUUUCACUGUAUGCCUCACAGAGGAGGAAUGGUAAAGGCCAGUUUAUCCUGUCUUACUUCACCCAACUGAUGCUCACCCAAGCAGGAUUAAUUGUAAAGAGUAGGCUAUAUUUGGGACUAGGGUGUCAUAAUGCAGCCCUUCAUAAGUGUUUGGAUUCUUGCCUUGUGUCUUGCCUAAGCCUUAACAUAAGUUGACUCUUGAAUACUGUAUUUCUGUGGACACCUGGCCCGCUUUUUUAUAGGAAAUCGUUUGCACAGUGCAUUGUCGUAGCAGCACCUGCACUCCUGUAAUUGUGUUUGGACUGCAUAUUCAGCCUUAAAGUCACAGGUGUAUCAUAUCCAUUGUACAUGUUGUAAGUAUGUUGUAAAUAUUGUCUGUCAACUCGUUUUGAAUUUGAUGCUCCACUAAUUUAAUGUGCAUUGUAACAUUCCAAAAUCUCUUUGUCUUUUUUGAUAUAAAUACACUGUAAUUUAAUUUAA